ACUAGUUCUUUCUCCACCGAUGCUGUAGGAGAUACUACAAUUACAAACAAAAUAAAAUCUGCGGACGUCUGUCGGAGAUACUAACCGUUUUCUAUGUUUCUAUGUUUUCAAUUUUGUUUUGAAAAGAAUCGGCAUCAGAUUUUUUUCGCUCAUUUUCAUUUCAAGGAAGUAUAAACUCUUGUUUUAAGGGAUAUACCGGCAUUGGAUGAUUAACUGAGGUGAAACUCAGAGCACGGUUGGAACCGACUCUAUGAAGCCAGGGUAACUACAAAACGUAAGAUUUCAGAAAAUUUUUCGAAAGCUCUUUUUACUUCCUCCUGCUCUUCGCUUUCGUUUUCUCUUUCACGCUGUGCCACAAGUAUAAGACAAUAUUUUGAUUGGUAUUGCUGGUUUAAAAAUUAAACUCAUAACCACUAACGUGAACAGGGAACAUUUCGGUGGAACUGUUUUGCGGUUGACCCUCCCAAUUAACACAUUGAGCUGAGGGAGAAGUGUCACCUGAUCCCGCGGGCUUCCUGCGAUUAUCUACAUCAGGAAAAACGAACUGUUUCCGUUGAUGGUUCAUGAAGAGACACUGCUUAUUUUUUUGGAAGCUGCGAGGUGUGACUGGUACCGUUUAGUCGCUCACGGUGCAAAGGUUGUAUCAGCCAAAAUUGCCUGUAUGGGGAUGGAAAGUAUCUUCUCAAUGUUUUUCCACUAAGUGCCAUAUGAUGGGUUGCACCAGCGUAUCACAGCUCUCAACUGCGCUGCAAAAUAAUGAUCUCUAAGAGAAGGAAUUCUGCAGAUGCUGGAAAUUCAAGCAACACACAUCAAAGUUGCUGGUGAACGCAGCAGGCCAGGCAGCAUCUAUAGGAAGAGGUACAGUCGACGUUUCAGGCCGAGACCCUUCGUCAGGACUAAGUGAAAGAUGAGAAGACAUCAGCGAUUCUAUGAGAAAGUAGUGCUAGGUGUUUUGGUUACUCUGGGAUUGUUCUUCAUGUUCUGGGAUAAUGACCAAUGUCAUAAGACUGAUGAUGUUGCAGAAACUGUUCACCACAAAGAUUUGCCCAAGGCUGCUGAUGCAACUAAGUCAGUGCCUAAGCCAAAGUGCCAUGCGAACAAGACAUUGUUACACCUGUCCUCAUUUGAUCAACAGAAAGAGCACAUAAAAAACUUCUUGAUGUAUAAACACUGUCGAGAGUUUGACAUGAUUCAAAAUAUCCCAGACAAAUGCGGUGGUCGAGAAGGAUCUCAGAAUGUCUUCCUGCUCCUGGUGAUCAAAUCUGACCCUUUCAACCAGGAUCGGCGGGAAAUGGUAAGAAAGACCUGGGGCAAAGAACGCAAAUUCAAUGGGGUCCUCAUUAAGAGAGUCUUUAUCUCUGGUGUCUCUCCUGACCAAAAAGAAAGGAAGAAAUUGAAUCAGCUGUUAGCAAUGGAAAACAGAGAACACAGAGAUGUCCUACAAUGGGAUUUCUUGGAUACCUUUUUCAACCUCACCCUCAAACAAUACAAGUUGCUGCAGUGGGUCAGUGAAUUUUGCCCCAGUGCCAAAUUCAUCUUCAAUGGAGAUGAUGAUGUCUUUGCCAACACCGAUAACAUGGUUGAUUACUUGUUAGGCGUGAAGGUUCACCAACACUUGUUUGUGGGUCAUCUCAUUUAUGGAGUUGGGCCCAUUCGCGAGAAGUGGAGCAAGUAUUAUGUGCCAGAGCUAGUGACCACCAUCAACUCGUACCCACCAUACAUUGGUGGAGGGGGCAUACUUAUGUCUUCGUAUACAGCUCAUAUCAUUAACCACAUAGCCCAAGACCUUGAACUAUACCCCAUUGAUGAUGUGUAUUUUGGGAUGUGUCUAGCCAAGGCUGGACUAGCCCCACACUCCCAUAGUGGAUUCAGGACAACUGGAGUCAGGGUUCCUUCAAUCCAAGAUGACUCUUUCAAUCCUUGCUAUUACCGUGAGUUGCUGCUAGUGCACCGUUUUCGGCCUUUUGAACUGCUAUUGAUGUGGGAUGCAGUGCAUGAUACUAAGCUGAAAUGUGCUCAUGUUUCCCAGAAGUCUGCAUUCACGAAAAGGACCACGAGUCAUGAGAGACUGUAGCAACUGUUGGAAUGUAAUGCAGUUUGUGCACAUAUAUUCUUUCAAUUGUUUAUGUAAUGUACGAGUAAGAAGGUUAAUUCCUAAAUUAUAUUGAAGAGGAUACAUUAAUUCAUAGGGUUGGUGCCUUUCUACAUUCUACAAAUGUUGAAAAGCUGUCAGGUGUCAUCACUCAGCCUAAUUCUUACUGCAUCCAUAAUGACAUUGCAAUGUUGACAGGAGCACCACAGUUUAAAUAAAUUGUAAGGUUACUCCAAGUGAACAGUCCUUGUAGCUUUGCAUGCAGAUAGGUACAGCAUGUUCACUUGGGGUAUUUGUAUAAUAAGCCACCAAUAAAAUUUUUAGUAACUGUUAUAUCUGUGCAUUUUUCCUUGCCAUUUCUUACAUGUACCUUGCAAAAUAUGAAGGAGAUAAAUCUGUUUCUUGGACAGGAACUGUGAGAACAACUAAGAAUCUAGAUCUAAAAUUGUCUCAAGGUUGGAGGAAUAGAAAAACUUAAGAUCAUCACUUAUGUACUCAAAUGUCAGCCUGCAUUGUGUCUGUGUAACUACGUAUCAAAUAAAAGCACACAC